CUCUGUGUCUCUCUCUCUCUAAUUUCCUGCUGCCUUCCCAGAAAGAACGACCCGCCCGAACCGAGCCGUCUCCUCCCGCUCCCACGUCGGCUGUCGAAAUCCGAAACCCACCCAAUUCCCCAACCCCGCUCUCUCUUUCUAGAGACAGUCGCUUCUGCUGAGUAAAAAUUCGAUCUUUGGGUUCUCUUGCUGGUUAAAAAUUCGAUCUUUGGGUUCUCCUGCUGGCUCAAUUUCUCGGCCCCGCGAGCGCUGAUUGUUCCGCCAGUUCCGCACUCAUACGAUGCUCGUUCGCCAUGAACGAAGCCGUCGUUGAAUCGAAGCCCCAGAAGAGGAAGGGCUCCAUUAGCGAAGAAGACAUCUCCACCCUCUUGCAGAGGUAUUCAGCGACCGCGGUGCUGUGUUUGCUUCAAGAAGUGGCGCAGUUUCAGGGCGUGAAGGUAGAUUGGAAUGAGCUGGUGAAGAAGACGUCGACCGGGAUAACUAAUGCGAGGGAGUACCGGACGCUGUGGAGGCAUUUGGCUUAUCGCAGUACGCUGCCGGAGAAAUUGGAGGACGGGGAUGAGCCUCUGGAUGAUGACAGUGACCUAGAAUAUGAGCUGGAAGCAUUUCCUGCAGUGAGCACUGAAGCUUCGACAGAGGCUGCAGCCUGUGUCAAGGUUCUAAUAGGUUCUGGUAUAACAAGUGACCCCAGCCUCCAGAGUAACUCGACCGUUGAGGCCCCAUUGACUAUAAAUAUACCAAAUGGUCAGUCAUCUAGAGUUUCUGAAAGUUCCCAACCUCCUUGUUAUACACAGGGCGUGAAUAUUACUGUACCGGUUUCUGUUCGGAAGCAGCCUCUGCCUGCAGUAACAUCUAAUGAAGGCUUGGAUGUAAAUGGAUUAGCAAGUGGCAACAAUGCUUCUCGAAAGAAAAGAAAACCAUGGUCUGAGGCAGAGGACUUGGAACUCAUUGCUGCUGUACAGAAAUGUGGUGAAGGGAAUUGGGCAAACAUUCUAAAAGCAGACUUUAAGGGAGAUAGGACUGCUUCACAGCUUUCUCAGAGGUGGGCCAUUAUACGGAAACGGCAUGGAAACUUGAAUGUGGGAAUUGCAAAUUCAACGGGGCCACAGCUUUCUGAAGCACAACUGGCUGCUCGUCAUGCAGUGUCUCUAGCCCUCGAUAUGCCUGUGAAAAAUUCAAGAACAGGAGCAACACCAAAUGGUACCUUUGGUAACUCUACACAACCUGCGGCUGCUGCUGAAUCUCCUUUCCCUGGGAACAUUGCUGGGCUGGCCCACCAUCAAACUCAGCAAAUUUCACAGCAAAGAUCUUCUUCAGUGCAAUCUUUAAGUAUUGCACCAAAGUCUAGGGUUCCCCCGAAAAAAGCAUCGCCAAAAGCUGAUAUGAGUCCCGAUUCUAUGGGAAUAAAAGCUGCAGCAGUUGCUGCAGGGGCUCGCAUUGCAACCCCUUCAGAUGCUGCUUCGCUUCUGAAGGCUGCCCAGGCAAAAAAUGCUGUACACAUAAUUCCUUCUGGUUCUUUAAUUAAACCUUCUUCUAUUCCUGGUGGCAGUGCCACCCAAUCCAGGCCCCAUCCUGGUGUAAACUUUAGAAGUACUGGGCUCGCUGUUACAUCCAGCCAUGCAGGCUCUGCUGCUGAGAAAGAAUCGACUUCUGCAACCGCCAGCAUUCCAUCUGCUCCUGCUAAAGAACCAGCUAUCUCCUUACAGAAGAGUAAUAUUUCCCCAGUUGUGGCCACUGAGCUUCCAUUGAAUCAAGAGGCCAGAAAUGAUGAGAAGAUGGUUGAUUCUGUAACGAACAAUGUGAUGAAGGAGCCGACCAAAGAAGAUGGAACUUCUGCUUUAGACGAUGCUGCAAAGCAGGUUACUGAAGAUGACAAGGUUCUGGUAAAACCAGAAGUAGAGCAAGGAAAUGAAACGCCAGUUGAGAAGUCUAAUGUGGCACCGAAUGCACCAGUGGCUGUAAGUGAUCAAAGUGCUGUGGUGAGCACCCGGGCUGAGGGUGGAAAUGACAAUCGUGACAAGAACUGUGAGAACGGAAGUUUGCAGGUCGACGCGGCAGGCGUGGUAUCUAUAGAACAUAGCAAAGAAGUAGACGGCACAAGCUAGUUUGGAUGGAUUUAGAUGAUCUAGUAGAUUAGAGAUUGUUAUGCAGGUUGAAACAAAAAAAAUUUACAUGACCUUUUGCUUCCAACUUAUUAUUUUUGAACUUCCAGCAUUUGGUGCUCGCUGAGCUUUGUAAUAUUUCUCAGAAUAUAGCAAUGAAAAAGCAAAUGAUAGUUGUCCA